AGAAAUAAUGAGUGGGCUUAAAGGGGUUAUGAAAGAGGGCUGGCAUCCCAAGGGUCGUGAUGGAAAGAAAGAGAGUUGGCGAAACGACUUCAAAGGAAUCAAUCAAGUGGCGGGAUGGGUAGGAAAAGGAAAGGAUAAUGAUACCGAUAGGGAGAAUCAUGUAUCCCGGCCACUCUCGUCACUCAAGGACCCAGCAUCCUUUGGCCCGCCACCCAAACACAUCAAAUACCAUGGUGCGGGGGCUCUCCCAAACGAAACUACCCCGGAUCGCAGCGGAUUCGGUACUCCCUUAUCCCAGGAACAGGCCAGUCGCCAGAAUGUAGAGCAGCAGGGAGCAGAGGAAGCGGCAAGAUGGGACGAGGGAAAGGCGGCUGAGAAGCCGCGGCCCCCUGUGCCGUAUCGUACGAACCGAACAGGCUUCGACCCAAGCCGUCUCCCACCACCUCCGGUUCGACGGACAGCUACUCCCGACGACUCUACGACUGUUGUGAGCCCCAGGCCCAGACCGGCUGUUCCGCCUCGAGUUCCCCCCCGGACAGCAACGCCAUCUUCGCACCCACCUACCCCGCCUCCUGCAUACUCUCCCCAUGUACCUGCGGCAGAACAAUCCCAACCCUUAGAAGGGCACUUAAACCAAGAUGCUACAUUGCGACUCUCCCAGGCUGGUGUAUCUGUUCCUGCGCUCGGGAUUGGGAGCAACAACCGGUCUGCACCUACAGCUUCGCCAUCGACAGCAGGUUUAGUUGGCCAGGCCCCGGUGAAUGAGCUGCAAAGCCGCUUCUCGCAGCUGAGAACCAACUCCUCCCCCUCUCCGCCAGUUCCUCCCCCGCCGCCACGGGGAAACCAGUCGUCACCUAUCUCUGCGUCCAACGUUUCCAGCGCCAGGUCCGCGUUCAACGACUUCCGCUCGCAGCACAGUGACAAAAUCGAGUCCGGGAAGCAGAAGCUUAAUGGACUAGAUCAGAAAUAUGGGAUCACGCAGCGUGUCAGUAAGGCUUUUGAUAGUAACUCAGAAAAUACUACCAAUGCGGCUCCACCAGUCCCUCCACAUCCCAAUCUGAGUCGUUCCUCGACCUCUAGCACUGAUACAGAAGCUUUGGCUCGGAGAAAGGCACCUCCCCCACCGCCGCCUCAGAAGAAAGCCGAGCUACGGUCAGCGCCAACUGGAGCUGCUUCUCCAGCACCACCUCCACUUCCCCUUAACACCAAACCCCGCUGAGCGGGUCUUGAUCUCUAUAAUUGAUCUGUUCGGAAUUUAUGCAGGAGUAAGGCUUGGGUCGUUUCGCAUGUAUCACUAGGUAGCUACUAAGUAUCACAACUGGUUUACAUUCUUCUCAAAAAUUUCACGGAUAUCCACAACUACCUUGCCCCGCAGCAUUGGCCCGAGGUUCAAACUGCGCAUCGUUCAUCGCAUUGGUUAGCGUUCCCCAUCCCAGAACAAAAAGACAGACAAAAGGAGGAGAGAAAUCUACCAACCACCCCUAGCCCUAAAUCCAU